AUGGCACUGUCUACGCGGGCACAAGUCCUAUCCAAACCAGAUCCCAAAUUCUUCUUCUGGGAAGUCCUCCAGGACAUCUGGGACCCGCAGAACAAUCCCAAUGGCUUCGUCAAUCUUGGUGUAGCAGAGAAUGUCCUCAUGCACGACAUACUCUCAGAACACAUGCACAGAAACAUGGCCCUGCCAAACGAGGACUUCACAUAUGGCGAUGGCAAAAAGCGUCUCAAGCGUGCGCUGGCCCGGUUUUUGACUAGAUACUUCGAUCCUGUUGUCACAGUCGAGCCCUCACACUUGACCAUCUCGAACGGCUGCAGCUCGGCCCUCGAGCACGCGGCGUGGGCAUUCGGGAACCCGGGCGACGUCUUCCUCCUGGGGAAGCCGUACUACGGGACCUUUGUGCCGGACGUGACGUUGCGUAUGGGCACGCAGCUCGCCAUGGUGGACUUUGACGAUGCAGAUCCCCUCGGCCUAGACGGCGUGCUGAAAUACGAGGACGCGAUACGGGAUGCGCAGGCAAAGGGCAAUAGAGUCGCCGGGUUGAUCCUGGCACAUCCCCACAAUCCUCUGGGACGAAGCUAUCCUCGCAAGGUGCUGCUGGCACUGAUGAGGCUUUGCCAAAGGCACCAGGUGCACCUGAUAUGCGAUGAGAUUUAUGCACUGUCCACGUUUACCAACACGGUCGACCAGGAAGUCGAGGUUGCCCCCUUUGCGUCGGCGCUUUCUAUUAAUACCGCGGGAGUCAUCGACCCUGCGCUCGUGCACGUCAUCUGGGGUAUUUCCAAGGAUUUUGGAGCCAACGGGCUGCGACUGGGAGCCAUCAUAUCGCAGAACAACCCGGGCCUGCACCAGGCGCUGGUGCCGCCGUCGCUGUACAGCUCGUCGUCGUCGAUAUCCGACCAUGUCGUGGCGAAUAUUCUAGAGGACGACGCCUGGAUAGAUGAGUAUAUUCUAAAGAACCGGGAGAAGCUGGCAGAGAGUUACGAGCAUGUUGUGCAGUGGGCGCGGAGCAACGGCAUCGAGUAUGCGCCGGGGGUGAAUGCAGCCUUUUUCCUGUGGGUGGAUCUGGGGAGUGCGUAUCGUGGACGACGCGCAAAUGAUGGCCGACAUGUCGACCACGCGGUUAAUGAUGCCCUGCUGCGGCAAAGAGUGUUCCUUGCGUCGGGGCUACAGUUUGGCUCGGAGAAGCCGGGGUGGUUCAGGAUCGUGUUCACGCAAUGGAGGGAUCAUCUGGAUGAGGGAUUGAGGCGGAUUGUAGCGGCCAUGAAUGAGGUGUAG